CGCGGCAGUAUGUUUUUUGAACGCUCGUGGCGCUGUACAUCUCCUGAACCACCACACAGACAGGAGUGAGAGACAGCCAUGGAGAGCUGGAGAGCGGACUGUUUUCUUUGUUAUUUUUAAACUCUUGCUAUUCGCAUCUAUGACACGAUUCACAGUGAGCUGUACAAGCAAAAAUUCCCGAUGCACUCGAAAACGGCAAGUAGGUUUUCACAGGAGAAAUUCUUUCACGGUGGCAUAAGUAGAGGGGUGGAUCUGAUCGUUCUGCACUGUGGGCUGUACUGGGACGGGGUGUAUGGACGCUGUGAACAUGAGCGUGGGCGACAAGGUGGGGGGUUGCCUGGUGGAUCUGGGGGGCAGCUUCACUGAGGAUGCCCCCAGACCCCCGGUCCCUGGGGAGGAGGGAGAGCUGGUGUCCAGCGAUGGACGGCCCUACAGCCACGGUUUCUAUUCCUUCAAGAACGAGGCCUCCACGGCCACGCCCAGACGACCUGACCUGGACCUGGGCUAUGAGCCGGAGGGCAGCGCCUCCCCCACGCCGCCCUACCUUAAGUGGGCAGAGUCCCUGCACUCUCUCCUGGACGACCAGGAUGGUAUCCACCUGUUCAGGACGUUCCUCAAGCAGGAGGAAUGUGCCGACAUGUUGGACUUCUGGUUCGCCUGCACUGGCUUCCGGAAGCUCGAGGCCAGUGAGGGCCAGGGCGAGGAGAAGAAGCUGAAACUGGCGAAAGCCAUUUAUAAAAAGUACAUCCUGGACAACAAUGGAAUAGUCUCGAGACAGAUCAAACCAGCCACCAAGAGCUUCAUCAAGGACUGUGUGAUGAGGCUGCACAUUGACCCGGCCAUGUUUGACCAGGCUCAGACUGAGAUUCAGACUAUGAUGGAGGAGAACACCUACCCUCUGUUUCUCAAGUCAGAUAUCUACUUGGAAUACACCAGGACUGGGGGGGAGAGCCCUAAGCUCUACAGCGACCAGAGCUCUGUCGCUGGGGGUGGGAAGGUUUUACCAGGGUAUUUGCCCACGCUGAACGAGGACGAGGAGUGGAGAUGUGACCAUGAGUUGGAGGAGCAGCAGGAGAGUGAUCCCAGCAACCGGCUCACUCAGAAGCUGCUUCAGGAGACAGCUUCCCAACGCGUCACCAGCACCAAGAGAUUCCAGGACAGUCACGAGUACAGACGCGUGCCGUGGCGGGAGCCUGUCAACCCGUACUAUGUCAACUCGGGCUACGCCAUGGCCCCUGCCACCAGCGCCAACGACAGCGAGCAGCAGAGCAUGUCCAGUGCCAGCGACGUAGACACACUCUCCCUGACCGACAGCAGUGUAGAUGGGGUUCCACCAUACAAAUAUCGUAAACAGCAUCGACGAGAGAUGCAUGAAAGUGCCAAAGCAAAUGGGCGUGUGCCACUACCUCAUAUUCCUCGCACAAACCGGAUACCAAAGGACAUUCACGUGGAGCCGGAGAAGUUUGCGGCGGAUCUGAUCAGCCGGCUGGAGGGAGUGCUGAGGGAGAGGGAGGCCCAGGAGAAACUGGAGGAGCGGCUGAAGAGAGUCCGAUUGGAGGAAGAGGGUGAGGAUGCAGACAUCUCCACAUCCACCUCGUUCUCCAGUCACAGACUGCCCCCUGGUGCCCACCCACAGCACUACAACAACCCCCGCUACUCUGACAUCGGCUACAAUGGCCUGGCGCUGCGGCUUGACGCCCACGAGGAGAACCCCGAGAGCAUCCUGGACGACCACGUCCAGCGAGUCAUGAAGACCCCCGGCUGCCAGUCCCCGGGCACCGGCCGCCACUCCCCCAAGUCCCGCUCACCCGACGGCUUCCCUGCAGGUGGCAAGGUGCCCGGACCUGGGAUGCCACUGCCCACAGGCCCAGGCAAACACCCAGCUCGGCUGGGGCCCAAAGGGGAGGCUGCCAGCCACCAAUACCACCACAAACACGUGCACCACAUCCACCACCCAGCCGGAGGGAAGCCCAAAGAGCAGGUGGAGGCUGACGCAGCCACGAGGGUCAAUGGUAACUUCCACUGGGGGAUGGAGCAGCACAACUAUGGGUACAAAUCUCGCAACUAUGCUGACGGCAUGGGCCCCAGCCCGAUGGAUCCUAUGGGCUACAGUAGCAAAGGUAGCACGCUAUCGAAGCGGCCAUUUAAGAAAGCUGAGGAGGUGCGGACCUUUGAGGUGCCCGUGCCUCCGGAGGACGUGGAGAGGAACCAGAAGAUCCUCCAGUGGAUGAUGGAGGGAGAGGCGGUCCGUAACAAGAAGAGCCCCUACGGGAGCACCACAGGGUCCAAGAAGACCCCGUCGAGCCACGAGGUGUCGCGGCCCAGCUCUGUGGAGCGUCCCGGGGCAGUGCAUCCGUGGGUCAGCGCCCAGCUGCGGAACAAUGUGCAGCCCUCACACCCCUUCAUCCAGGACCCCACCAUGCCCCCCAACCCGGCCCCCAAUCCCCUCACCCAGCUGGAGGAGGCUAGGAGGAGACUGGAGGAGGAGAAGAAGAAGACGGGGACCUUACAGACCAAACAGAGACAUAAAGUGACGAAGAAGCCCGCGUGUGAGAACAUUACGGUGGCCUACUACUUCUGUGGGGAGCCAAUCCCGUACAGGACUUCGGUCAAAGGUCGCAUGGUCAUGCUGGGCCAGUUCAAAGAGCUGCUGACUAAGAAAGGAAGCUACAGGUAUUUUUUCAAGAAGGUAAGCAAUGACUUUGGGGUGGUGUUCGAAGAGGUACGCGAAGAUGAUGCUGUCCUGCCCAUCUUUGAGGAGAAGAUCAUUGGGAAAGUGGAAAAGAUUGAUUGAUUGACAUGGAGGUGGAGAGGAAGGAGACGUUCACAAAGUCGGCCUGCGAUGGAGCUAUCGACGGAUGAGCUGUUCACUUGAGAGAGAUGGAGAGAAAGUGUUUGACUAGAGGGAGGAUUGGCCGGGGAAGAAAAGGUACGGAGUAAGUCGCUACAGGAGGGAAUGGAUGAAGGGAGGAGGAAAUGAGAAGAGGGCAUAGUGAUCACUGUGGGAGACACUCAUGACUCCAAGGCUUUCAUAUCUGCUCAGUGCCACUGCAUUGUGCAGGCAGAGUAGGAAAGCAUUGGACAAAAAAAAGCAGACAUUCUCUCCUUCAGUGUCUUUCUGAGUGUAAUGUAAUGUAGCAUUGUACAAUUUGACAAGAAAAAAAAUGCUAUGAAUCUGCUUACUAAAGCAGCAUAUUAUUUUUGAUAUGACGUAUCAGAAGGUAUCCUUUCUAAUGUAACCAAGCGUGUCAUUUUUCUGUGUUCGUACCAGAUGUGUACAGAUUGUCUGUUUAAAACAUAACGAUAAAGUUUUAUAUUAUCUAUUUAAAUAUUUUAAAAAGCGGUCGUUUUAAUCCUAUUAAAGCAGUGGCGCUGUUCCAAUUCGACGAGAUCCAAGUGUUUUGACAGGGCUGUUUUUCAAGUAUUGUUGGAACUAUUAUACAGCCCCAUGUUCUACCAAGUGCUUUUUACAGGAGCACUCAACCUUGCCAGUCCUCUAAAGUUAAGUGGCAUUGAGUUCUCAUGCCGCACUUAUCACUGUAUUAUGCAUUAGUGUCAAUGGAGCAAAAUGAAAAGGAAUGCCUUCUUGAGGUUGCCCUCAUGUUUUGUGUUUUUCAAUUAGGAAGGGACUCCCCAGCAGUAGCUCGAUCUGUGUACAAUGUACUGUACUCUGAGGUCUCUUCCCCAUAGUGUACGUGUGUGUGUGUGUGUGUGUGUGUGUGUGUGUAUGCACAUUAAAUACAUUAUUAUACCCAUACCUGCAGACACCUGCCAACUUAAAUUGAUCCCCACUAUGUUCGGUCACUUUUAGAUUUUGCUACAGUUAGGUCUUAAUUGUAGCAGAUCAGUGCAGAAAAGAACAUCUUUGAUCAGAGAUAAUCACAACCAGUUGUGUACAUGCUACUGACAGUUCAGAUCUAGAUUCUAUUUACAGUCUAGAGCUUUUGUUAGGCAUUUAAGACCAGAGUCCAUAGUAGAAGUCUCCUGAAGGUUCAUACACGGGUGUCUGUGUAGAGAAAGGGUCUGUGUGCGGAGGUUUGUCUCAAUAGAGCAUUGAUCAUCUAAUGUGUGUUCACAUGCAUUCAAAAAGGCUCCUGACCCCAUGGUUUCACUCUGGACAACGAAAGGACAUCAUAUAUGUUUACCUAGUUGAUAUAUCACAAAUACAGCUGAAUAAUGACUUGUAGCCUUUCAUAGCUCUAUAGAGCUAAAUUUGGUGCCUGGCAGAAAUUGUCUCUAGAAAUAACUUUAGUAUGAAGUGAUCUACUUUUUUUGAUAGGUCACAAUACACCAAAGAGAACAGUAGAAGUUGAUAUGUUUGUCAUCCCCUUUUCUCUUCUUUAUUUACCCUCAUUCACAUGGGUACUCUUUGAUUAUUCUCCAAAUCCCUGUGUUGAAGUGGAAUUUUCUUGUACAAUUUUCUAGGGCAGGGCUCUCCAACCCUGUUCCUGGAGAGCUACCCUCCAUGUAGGUUUCCACUCCAACCCCAGCUGUAACUAACCUGAUUCAGCUCAUCAAUCAGUUGCGCUAGAUUAGUGUUGGAGGGAACCUGCAGGACAGUAGGUGUCCAGGAACAGGGUUGGAGAGCCCUGUUCCAGGGCGUUGUGCUGGGGUCAGUGCAAGGUGGAAUGUGCUAACCUUUGUUUGAUUAGGAUGGUAAGGACCUUUUUCAUCAGAGUGCUGUAUUGCUGGGUGUUGUUCUCUUAUCAACACCACGUAUAAGAGGACGAUCUCCUUUUCUGAGAUGCUGUUUUUGUAUUUAUUUAGAUGGAUAUUUUUAAAGAAUCUGUAUGAAGUUAACAUACGUAGUGGACAACCCUCUAUUGCUCCUGUUUAAAGAUUUGAAUAACCAUACUUUAUGUUUUCAUAACGAGAGGCAUUUACUCCAUGAUCUUUGACAAUAUUGGUACUCGACCAUCAUCUGUCACACUACAAUGUAGAAUUUGGCUCUCUGUUAUGAUUAUCAUUAGAUUAUUAGAUGUUCACUGUUUGUAUGUAUUUCCAAUGGAGGGCAGUGAUUCUUACUGUGAAAGCCCCAAAGUGAACUUUCCCCCCACUUAUGGUCAUUGAAAUGUAUAUAACAACCAUCACAGAGUGCCUUUUAUUGCCAUCCUCUCAUGACAUCCGCUGUGUGAUUCUCAAGUGUUACCAGGGCCUUGCUUUAUAUUUUUAUUUCGCGUCUUACAAACCAUGUUCUGUUAAAGUGUUUCCUAUGUCACAUCUCACUUUGGAUAAAAAUGUUCUAUGUAAAUAUGUAAAAAUUGUACAUGUCAUCAACCAGCAAUUCACUUAGGAGAUAUUCAUUACCCCGGACCUGUUUCUUAGUGCUGAGUUGUGCGGUUAUCAUUUAAAGGUACUUGAACAAUAAAUAUAUGUAAUAAACCUGAACUUCUCCAUUA